GGAUUAGCAGAUACAGCUAAAAAGAACUUUGGUGGUGGAAACACUGCUUGGGAAGAGAAGACGCUGUCAAAGUACGAGUCCAGCGAAAUUCGUCUUGUGGAGAUCAUAGAGAAUCUGUGCGACAGUAGUAACUUUGAAUGUAACAACAUGGUGGAAGAGCACGAAGAACAUAUAGAGAAAUGGUGGUUCAAACUAAAGAAGAACUAUCCUGAUUUGUUUAAGUGGUUUUGCAUAGAAACAAUAGAAGUUUGCUGCCCUGCUGGAACUUAUGGACCAGAUUGCCUUGCUUGUCGUGGUGGAUCGGAAAGACCUUGCCAUGGAAACGGCCACUGUGAUGGUGACGGUACCCGAGGUGGAGAUGGCUCAUGUAGCUGUAACAAGGAGUAUACAGGAGAUUUUUGUUUGGACUGUUCUAAUGGUUACUUCAGUACCUUGAGAAAUGAGACGCAUUCAGUUUGUACUGCUUGCCACACUGCGUGUAAAACUUGUACUGGUUCAAGUAAUAAAGACUGCCAAGACUGUAAAGAAGGCUGGAUUAAAAAUGAAGAAGCAGCUUGUGUGGAUUUAGAUGAGUGUGCUGCUUCUCCUUGCAAGGAUCACCAGUAUUGUUUGAACACAGAUGGAUCUUUCUCAUGCAAAGUGUGUGAUGCCAGCUGUGUGGGUUGCACAGGGGAAGGUUCUGACAAGUGCAAGACCUGCGCAUCUGGGUACAUGAAGGAAGAUGAGAAGUGUACAGAUAUAGAUGAAUGUAACCUUCCUGAAAAGGUCUGCGUGAAAGAGAAUCAAGACUGUGUUAAUACUUUAGGUAGUUACAAGUGCGUAUGUUCAGAAGGGUUUGAAGAUAAGGAUGGAACAUGUGUUCAGACUGUAAAAACAGGAGAGGAAGUAGAGAGUGAAACAACUGAGCCUUCACCUGCUGGACAUGAUGACUUAUGAUCUGCAUUCAGAACCAAAAGACAUUCCUAUCUAAAGUUUUAAAUUAUUGGACUAAGCCUCUACUAGAUGGCAUACUGUGGAAAUGGCAUUAAAUAUGCAGGUUGCAGUUAAGAUUUUUUUCUUUUUAAAUGGUGAUAAACUGCUCUUUAAGAUGCAUUUCUUUAUUUGGAAAAUGCCACUUCUUAUAUAAUUCUUCAAGAACAACACUCUAGAUGGGUUAGUAUAAAAUUUGAAUUAACAUAACAUUAUAUCCAGCAACUGUAAACAAUUUACAGGUUUCUCAUUCUAGUGCCUCCUGAAAACUGUCAUAAUUUGGAAGGACUUUGUUGCACUUCUUAAUUUAAGAAAAAUUUAGACUGAAGUUUCGUGGUUCUUGACAUGAAAAAUAAUUCUGUUACUGAAAUACAGUUUUUAGAAAUUGUCAAAGGGAAUCUCUUUUUGGGGAAAGCACUGUUUCCUUAAAACAGAAUGCCUCAUGCUGCAUUCAAUAAAAGUUUAUUUUGUUGGAA